AUGCACACAUUCAAAAGCUUAUACCUCUACUUGGGGGAGCUGUUUCUCACAACAACCAUAGCUCAAAACACCUACAGCCAUUAUACCAUAGAAGUAACCAUUCCCUACUACAUCGAUGUCAAAGUCCCCAAUGCGGUGCCAUUUACCGACCCUCCCAGGGUCAACGUGGAACUACGAAAUGGCAAUAAGAGUAUUGCAUAUCACCCGACAAUAGAUACCGGAACCUGUGGGUACGUCGUCUCGGUAGAUGGGUUUCCUGGCUGGUCACAGCAGCUCGCAAACGCGAGCGAGAAAGGCUGGGAGUUUCUAUCAAGCAGCAAGAAACUGUAUUCCGGCCAUUGGAUCCCCGUUGAUAUGUUCUAUACCGAUGCACCAGUGGAGGUCGAGACCAGAGUUCCCGUUCUAGUUGUCGAGGAGUCCACCAUAUGUCCCCAUUACAACGAAACGAGAGAUACAAACACUUGUCCAACGCUCAAAGGUACCCUACCAAGAGUGGUCCACCAUCCCCCAAAUAUAUCAUUAUUCGGCGUCGGUUUCGGCCGACAAAAAGAUGGUCAGCCUCAAGGAUCACCAGACAAGAAUCCAUUCCUCAAUAUCGUAAACAUAAACAAAACAAGCACCAACACCGAUCUCUUCCGCAACGGUUAUAUGCUUGAUCGAAAUGGCAUCACGUUAGGCCUAACAGGAUCCAACACCAAAGACUUGAUACGCUGGAACGUCUUAAAGCGCGGAGACCUAUGGGACACCGACCACCGCGACUGGCGCGCCCCCAGAGCAUGCUUCAGCGUCGACGACAGCACCUGCGUUGAAGGCAAUCUCCUCAUCGACACCGGAAUAGCACAUUCCUAUCUCACCCUCCCGACCGGGGCACAGGUCCAUACACAUACAGACACGAAUCCGAGCACUCACGCCCCCGUCCGCGCACUUAACAACGGCUCCGUCGUCCAACUCAAAGUCCGUGAUGAUUUUGGGUAUGCAGUUGAUACAGAGUUCAUCGUCGGAUCGCCUGAGGGGAUCGCACCGAGUAUGGUUAUCGUGACGUUGAGAGAUCCGGCUGAGAAAGAGCCGUUUUUGAAUACUGGACGGCAUUUUUUGAGGAGCUGGAAGGUGGCGUUUGAUGCUGUGGGUGGGAAGUUUGGGUUUCGGAGGGUGGUGUGA